AGUAUAACUUUAUAUAAAACUUUAUUAGCUUUGUUAUCAGAUAUGUUUUGCGGCUCCAGACAAAUUUUAUUUUGGGGAAGAGGGUCCAUUGUGUUUGUGAAGUCAAACUAACGCGACAAUUAAGAAACUCACAUCGCAAGCUGGAAUGGAACCUUUCGGCAGUCCGAGUUUGCCGUACGGACUAUAAAGGAGGCGGCACAACAUCUACAUAAGGAAGUGAAGAGGGAAGACGCAAACUGAAGCGUGCUUAGUAUCUGAUCCCGUGCAAACAAAUCUACAAACGCCAGAGAGGCAGCCGAAGAGUGACGCUGGAGGGGAUGACAUUGAGAUUCCUGUGGAGAAUGAGGCUUUUAUGGAUGAUUUCUUUGCUCAGAUUGAAGAUAUCCGUGUCAGCGUUGACAAGGUUGAUGGGAGCAUCACAGAAAUCAAAAAACUCUACUCCACCAUCUUGUCGGCCCCCACAUCUGACCAGAAAACUCAAGAUGACGUUGAAGCUGUCACCAAUGAGAUCAAGAAGUCAGCCAACAACGCCAGAAACAAACUGAAAAGUAUUGAGCGGCAGCUGGAGUCAAACACAGAUGACAGGGCCUCUGCUGACCUCAGGAUACGCAAGUCACAGCAUGGUAUCCUGGCCAAGAAAUUUGUGGAGGUGAUGACAAAGUACAACGAGGCUCAAGUUGACUUCAGAGAUAAAAGCAAAGGACGAAUUGCACGACAGCUAGAGAUCACGGGGAAAGCAACGACAGAUGACGAGCUGGAGGAGAUGCUGGAGGGAGGAAACUCUGCUGUGUUCUCUGCUGGGAUUAUGGAUUCAAAGAUCAACCAGCAGGCCCUGAACGAGAUCGAGGCUCGUCACAAAGACAUCAUGAGGCUGGAGAGCAGCAUCAAAGAGCUCCAUGACAUGUUUGUGGACAUCGCCAUGAUAGUUGAAAACCAGGGUGGCAUGAUUGACAGGAUUGAGAGCAACAUGGACCAGUCUGUGGGCUUCGUAGAGAGGGCUGUAGCAGACACCAAGAAAGCUGCCAAGUUCCAGCAGGAGGCACGCAGGAAACAAAUGAUGAUCUUUUGCUGCUGUGUGAUUCUGGCCCUCAUCAUCGGGUCAUUUCUCUACAGCUUCAUCCGAUAGAAAACCUGAGGCCAUCUGCCAGCGGAGUCCACACAGUAGUGGAGGAGGAGGCAGAGCCAAGUGUUUCUCAGAUGGUCACAAAGAGCCGUUUGCCAUCGUUUCAGCUCAUUCAAAAUGGAAGUCCAGGCCACAACUGUUUGCAUUCAUAUUCGGUUAUUUCUGAAUAUCAGUUUAUCUCCCUUGGAAACAGUCAAGAUAGAAGAUGAAAGAAAAUGCUGUAUACACAAUGAGCAGUCGGUUGUGUGAAUGAUCCUUCAAGUCCCAUUUUGUCUCUGAGCUCAGUAUUACCUUUACUGUUGCAGUGUUUGUAUCAGUUGGAAUGGUAUUAGGUGCAGGAUUUGUCAGUUAUUGUUGGAGGAAUGUUGAUGUUAGAUUAUUCGAAACUGGAGAGGGGAAAAGAGGAAAACUGGACCAGAUGUGUCACUAGAUGAAAGCUCCAGGGGUCAGCAGGUUAUUCAAAACAUUUAUUUUGUUUUCUGUCUUUUGUUUUUAUUUAAAUUGUCAACUUUUUACCUAAGAAAAAUAUUCUUAUUUGUAGGCUGUGUGUGUCCCACCAUACCUUUAACUCACAAAUCUGUCAAACCUGAAAGAAUGUCUUGGAUUAAUUAGUACCUCAGAUUACUUAUUCGGACACACUCAGCAGUUGUCAGGAUCUGACUCCACAUGAGGCGUGAGGCUGGUUGUUCUAUCUGACGUGUGUUAUUAUAAGUAAAGAAUAAAUAUAUAAAUAAAGAAUAAAAA